AUGGAACCUGAACAAGAAAGACUUAUCGAAGAAUUUAGCAAAGAAAGCUUUAUGCAGAAAGUGCAGAAGUAUCCAGUGCUUUACGACAAAUUCAAUGCUGAAUUUAAGAACAAUAUUAUGAAAAAAAAUGCUUGGGCAGCUAUUGGCGUUUUGUUUGGUUUAACUGACCAGGAAUGUGAAUCAAAAUACAAAAAUAUAAGAUCGGCGUAUGGACGCUUUUUAAGGAAAAAAAAAGAAGACACAACAAUUAAUGUUGAAAAUAAAGCAACAACCACAGAAUUAACAACAGAAUCGCCUUUGUCUUGUAUAGAUAGUAAUGAUAGUAUGAACUAUGACGAAGAUGUUAGUAAUAAAGUAGAAUUAGAAAAUGAAAAUUUAAGCGAAAAUACAAGUAAUUCAAAUACAUUCAGUAAUCAACGAAAAGCAUUAAGUGAAAUAAAAUCUCCUAUAAAUAUAAGAAAAAAAACAUUGAAAAGAUCUCUACCUGAUGAAAAUUCAAAAAUACAAGAUGCAAUAAUUAGUACGAUGAACAAUAUUAAUGCAACACUAGCAGUUAGUACACAUGAAGAAAACGACGAUCUAAUACAUAUUUGUAAAUCUAUUUGUGCUACAAUCAAAAGACUACCUCCUAAAACUCAAGCAGUUGCUAAAAUAAACAUACAGCAAUAUUUAGCUGCUCUAGAAUUUCCAGAUAUUGUUGACUGA